ACAAUUGACUUUGUCAAAGUUUCAAAGUCUUCUUAAAUCUCUAUCUCUCUCUCUCUCUCUCACGGGGUUGAUACUUAUACAUGCGCUUUCACACUCCGCAUUUCUGUAUCUUAUUAACUCUGUCUAUAAGCAUUUGCUUUCCACUUUCCUCCAUCACCAUCAAGCUCCCAAAAAUGAUUGCUUUAUCUUGAAUACUUGGUGGGAUUUUCAUUGGAAUUUCAGUUCCUCUUCAACCAGAAUCACAGGGAAGCAUGGCUCAUUUUGAAAAAGAUGAGGUGCCAAUGCUGUCAGAGUCACGAGUCCAACUAUCCGAUGAAGCUGAGGAUUCUAAAUUCCGACAGCUUGUAUCUAGGACACGAAGUGCAUCAAUUUCUAUUCCUAUGGCCUCAUUGGAAUCAUAUGAGAAAGAAACUAGUCUUGUGGGACAUACUGGUCCACUACGCAGUGUGAGAAAAAACUCCUUUAUACAGAUGAGUGGUCCACUAUUUGCUAGCCAUGGAACUGCAAAUCUUUCACGGCAGAGUAUAGGUGUGACAGGAAACAAAGUAGUGGAGAGCAAGACAGAGAAGUUUUCUACUUUUGAUGUCUCAGAUGAAAAUCAUUGGGAUAACAACUAUGAUAGAAAAAAUGAACACUUAAUGAGGUCUGGACAACUGGGAAUGUGUAAUGAUCCAUAUUGUACUACAUGCCCUACUUAUGUCAAGGCUUCUCAGUCAAGAAAUCAAAAAGCUUCAACUAUAUUUGAUCCCAAGUUCCACAAUUCUCUUUAUGGGGAGGCCAAGGGUUUUGGGAGAAAAUUUUGUUCUUUCUGCUCUUCAUAUGUUCCUGGAGUUAUGAACCCUCACACUAACAUUGUACAACAAUGGAACAAGAUUUUGGCCAUUUUUUGCAUGGUGGCAAUUUUUGCUGAUCCAUUGUUUUUCUUCUUAAUCUAUGUGAAGAAGGAUGAUAAAUGUAUUGCUAUCAACUGGACAAUGACAACAGCACUUGUUUUACUUAGAAGUCUCAAUGAUUUUGUAUAUUUCUUGAACAUUCUUCUCCAGUUUAGGUUGGCUUAUGUUUCACCUGAGUCAAGGGUGGUUGGUGCUGGAGAUUUAGAGGACCAUCCCAAGAAAAUUGCUCUUCAUUAUCUGAAGGGUUAUUUUCUUAUCGACCUAUUUGUUGUAGUUCCUCUUCCUCAGAUAAUGAUAUUGUUUGUCCUACCAAAUUACCUGGGUGCAUCAGGAGCAAACUAUGCCAAGAAUCUUCUACGUGCUGGAAUCCUUGUGCAGUAUUUUCCCAGAUUAUUAAGGUUUCUACCUCUGCUAAUUGGCCAGUCUCCAACUGGAUUCAUAUUUGAGUCAGCUUGGGCAAAUUGCAUUAUAAAUCUUCUCAUUAUUAUGCUAGCUAGCCAUGUCAUUGGCUCUUUCUGGUACCUCUUUGGUCUACAGAGGGUUAAUCAAUGUUUACGAAAUGCCUGCCAUGGUUCUAAUAUUACUGGAUGCACAACAUUCAUUGACUGUGGCCGAGGCAGUUCAUUGCUUCGAAAAUCAGAUCUAUGGAACAGCAAUAAAGAUGCAAUAGCUUGUUUGAAUUCUAGUUCUGGUGCGUUUUCUUAUGGGAUCUAUGCCAAUGCUGUAUCACUUACUGUGGAAACUAAGGUGAUCAACAAAUAUGUGUUUUCCCUGUUUUGGGGCUUCCAGCAAAUUAGUACUCUGGCUGGAAAUCAAACCCCGAGUAAUUUUGUGUGGGAAGUCCUUUUUACAAUGACCAUCAUAGGAUUGGGACUCGUGCUUUUUGCACUUCUUGUUGGAAACAUACAGAACUUUCUUCAGGCUCUUGGACGGAGGAGGCUAGAAAUGCAACUUAGAGGUCGUGAUGUUGAGCAGUGGAUGAGUCAUCGUCGCUUGCCUGAAGAGCUACGAAGGAGAGUACGACAAGCUGAACGGUAUAAUUGGGCUGCAACAAGGGGGGUGAAUGAAGAAAGGCUUCUGGAGAAUUUGCCAGAAGAUCUCCAAACGGACAUAAGACGUCAUCUAUUCAAAUUUGUUAAGAAAUUUCGAAUCUUUGCUCUGAUGGAUGAGCCUAUCUUAGAUGCCAUUUGUGAGAGACUUAAACAAAAGACAUACAUCAAAGGAAGUAGAAUUUUGACUCGGGGUGGUCUUGUGGAGAAGAUGGUCUUUAUUGUGCGUGGGAAAUUGGAGAGCAUUGAAGAAGAUGGAAAUGGAGUUCCCUUGUCUGAAGGGGAUGCUUGUGGCGAAGAACUUUUGACAUGGUAUCUUGAACAUUCUUCUGUCAGCACAGAUGGUAAAAAAGUAAGGCUUCCAGGACAGAGGAUACUGAGCAAUAGGACAGUAAGAUGCUUAACAAAUGUGGAGGCCUUUUCACUUCGUGCGGCAGACCUUGAAGAACUCACAAUUCUUUUCACAAGACUCUUGCGGAACCCUCAUGUUCAAGGAGCCCUAAGGUAUGAAUCACCAUAUUGGAGAUCCCUUGCAGCAAACCGAAUUCAGGUUGCAUGGAGAUACAGGAAGAAACGUCUUAGCCGUGCUAAUACCACACAAUCAGAUCAAAAGUUAGUGUCCUAGUUUGUACUGUAAUAGCUGAUUAGCUACACUUUGUCUAGAUUGUAUGGCAAAAAAAGUAUGCUUCAACAGAUUCACUUGCUAGUUACCAUGUACAAAUGUACUACGAUUGUAAUUUUUAAGAAUAAAUAGGAAAGAAAAUAGCAGUAAAAUUUAAGCAUGAUCGUGUCAGGUUAAAAUUUGAUAGGACAUGGUUCAUUUUCACACAAGGAAAAAGUAGCAAAUAAACAUGACUUCCCUCUCAAAAACCAUGAGACCCCUUAGCUUAUACAAAUGUGCUCAGCAUUGGCAGCAUUCCAGGAGCGACACUUGGCACAAACUUCACAAGCAUGAUGAAUCUGCCUUCACCAAUGACAAUGUUCCAUGAUCCAUAUUAUUGUUUAAUCACUCCCCCUAGGCCCAACAACUACCCUGCAAAAGCCACUUUGAAGCAACAAAUUUACCAAUGUCAAUAGUACCGAUUAUUCUCAAUUAAAAAAAAAAAACAAAUUUUUUUUUACCAAUUAUCAUGAAUUUUCUUUUUGCACCACAGUUUUUUCAAACCGGACCACCCCUUUUUUUAUAUCUUCCGGAAAUUAAAUUCUGGAAGGUACUAAUUACUUCCGAAAAUCAGAAAAGUGGUGCAAAAAGAAAAGGCCAAAUUAUUAACAUAGCCUAACCCCAAAAAAUGGAGCAAGCAUUUUUCUAUGAGAAAAUAUAGUUUCAUAAAUUAACAGUGCGGACAAAACACAUAACUAAACUAGCCAAUCUGCUUCUAUAGUGUUUCACUCUUCUUCCCAUGUCAUUAACUUGGUUAUGCCUAAUUAUGAUUUUCUUAUUGAAAUUGACUUUUAAAUCACAAAAGGGUCGUUCCUAGAAAUCGUGGCACUUAAUGUAAUUUUUCUGUUGUUUGAAAUAGAUUUUUUCUUUUCUUUGAAUGAGUUUCACCUGUUUUGUAGGCAUUCUCCUUGUCAUGGAAUAAUUUUCAAUUUAACUUUGCCUAAAAUAGGAUACAAUAUAGCAAUGAAAGGGUUAAAUUUGUUUUGGUUCAAUUACUCUUUCUAAUAGGUCUCAUUUUGACUUACAAAAAAACUUGUUUCAAUCUUCUUUUUCAUCAUGCAGAUGCAAAAUAUCUGUUUGGAGACAUCUUGUUGCAAAAGAAACAAAAAAUAAAUAAUAAGUUAUGAUUGUUGUCUGAACCAUUUUUUCUCUGCUUGAAAUGGCUCCCUUGAAUGAUUUGUUAAUAUUUUGGACUAAAAUAUGCUUAAUAAACUAAUUACAUUGUGCAAACUGAUAGACCAGUACGACAUAUUCUUUACGUUCAAAGUUGCAUUCUUACCUUUUUAAUUCAUAUAUAUAUUGACAAAUUAAAGCAUGUGCCUAGGUCUUAUCAUAUGAUAGUAAAAUAUCUUCAUGUAUUUUCUUAAUGGUAUUUCAGGUCUGCAACGAGUAAAUGGAAGGGUACUUUUUUUCAUAUUCAAUAUUACUUUUUAAAUGUCCAAAAGACUAUCAACAGAUUUUCUUUUUCAUAUUGAUUAUUUGCACAAUAUUUAUUCUGAAUUAUACUUGAGAUUCUUUUAUGCAUUAUAUUAUCAAAUAUAAUUGUGGGGGGAAAAAUUGCACCCAUCAAAUACGGAUAAUAGGAACAACUA